AUGGUGAACUUGACUGGAUACAAUUUCGCGAUCGCGUUGUUCGUCGCUGCGGGAGGAUAUACUUAUGCAUAUGCAUACGCUGUCUUCGCCACAGUUAUUGGAGAGCCUGGGUUCUACUCAUACUUCAAUCUCGACCCUACCAGUGAUUAUGCUGCAAGUAUCAUCGGAGCCAUGAGCGCUCUCUUUGCGGCUGGGGCCGGUAUUGGGGCUCUUGUACAGGGAUGGACCAGCGAUUGGCUCGGGCGAAGGCUGGCUCUGGCGGUCGCUUCGAUCAUCUCCCUAGUUGGUUCCGCCUGCGUCGCGGGCGCGGUCAAUGUUGCGAUGUUCAUCGUCUUCCGCUUUGUGCAGGGUUUCGGCCUUGGCCAGUGCUUUGCUAUGGUCCCUCUCUAUACGACAGAGGUCGCCCCUCCACACAGAAGAGGUCUGUUGGCUGGUCUUACCGGUGCCAGCAUCGUCACUGGAUAUGUCACGUCAGCUUGGGUAGGAUAUGGUGCCUACUUCGCUAAGGAUCCGACCAUGCAAUGGCGCCUUCCACUAGGCAUAUCAUGCCUUGCGCCCCUCUUGCUUCUAAUCGGCACCUAUUGGAUCCCCGAGUCGCCACGAUAUCUCACUCUUGUUGGUCGAAAGGAGGAAGCCCUAGAAAUCCUUUUGAAGAUUCACCACGAUCCGAAUGACUCCAACGACACCGCUGCACAUGCCGAAGCACUUCAGAUCUCAAGACAGGUCGACUUCGACAAAGAACAGAAGUCUGGAUAUCUUGAGAUGCUCAAAAAACCAUCCUGGAGGAAGCGAUCACUAAUUGCCUUUGGACUGAUGUUUGCGACGCAAUCAACGGGAUGCUUGGGUAUCACGACGUUCCAGGUUGUCAUCUACGAGGCCUUGGGGCUCGAAAACUCGAUGCCACUUCUCAUGUAUGGGGUCUACGUCACUGUCGCAGCUGUCUUCAACUACGCAGGAGCGUAUUCGGUAGACCUGGUAGGGCGACGACGCAUGUUCUUGAUUGGAUAUCCAUUGAUUGCAGUUAUCCUCCUGAUAGAAGCUCUUCUCCAGAAGUCCUUCGUGGGCACAACCAACCAAGGCGGCAACGCGGCGUGCGUCGUAUUUGUCUUCCUGUACAUCAGUGCCUACAGCUUCUUCUUAGACCCUGCCCAGUUCGUCUAUGUCUCGGAAAUCUUUCCUACCACAAUCCGAGCAAAAGGCGUGGGAAUCGCAUUCUUUGCAUACUUUGUGGGUGCCAUCACGUACACAGCGCCGGCCGCUGUCGCCUUCAAAAAUAUUGGUUGGAAGAUGUACAUGGUGUGGUUCUCCUGCAACAUUGUCUCCACAAUCCUGAUCUACUUUUUCAUUCCCGAGACAACGGGCAUCUCGCUGGAAGAGAUUGGAGCUCUCUUUGGUGACAAGGUGACAAACACCGAUGAACGGGACCCAGGAAAUGAACACGGCCCGAGAAGCCAUCAUGUAGGCCUUGAGUAAGAUGUCGACAUCUGUGGUUGACAAGAGUGAGAGGUCCGGAAGAACAUACAUCGAGAGCGAGACGUCUACCGCUGCUGUGUCAGAAGCUUGAUGAGCGUGUCGACGGUAUACGUUGGUGUAUAUGCCUCCUUUAGGUCUAGACGUUGUGGCUUGUAGAAGUCGCCUCUGGUUCGAUGGGUGUUGGAAAGCUCUCUCAGUGCCAGUGCACAACGUUGGGCAUUAGAUGUGGACAUACA